UCUCGCCCUCGUGUUGCGCAUGCGCGAGCGAGAGCCAUGUCCAGUGUGGUCCCCAGCGCCGCUUCGGGGCUUCCCGCCUCCCCUCCGGACGAGCAGAAGCCGCCGCCGAACCUCAAGCCGUGUUGCGCUUGCCCGGAGACGAAGCAGGCCCGCGAUGCCUGCAUCAUUGAGAAAGGAGAAGAAAACUGCGGUCCUCUGAUUGAAGCGCACAAAGAAUGCAUGAGAGCCCUCGGCUUUAAGAUAUGAACAAGGUCAGCCACAGAUCUGAGUGAAUGGUGAUUUGCCGUGGGACGACUUCGCGGCCUCGAUCUUUGCAUCAGCUUGAAUAGUUGUUUUUAUACCUCUCAGAAGAUGAAUUUAUUUAAAUAUAUUGAAGAUAUAUUUAUGAUGGAUUUCUAAAACCAAAGCUCUAGAUUUAUAUAGUUUUACUAGCUUCCCCCAUUACAGAAUCCAAAUUAUGUUCA